CAUGUCUAGUGUGGUCUCCCACGCUGACUGCGGCUGCAGAGACGGGCUCGACCGUUUGUUUAUUGCGUGCCGUUACUCUCGUCGCAGCACCGCUGGCUCGGAGGGCGUGGUGCCGCCGGCUCCGACGACGUUGAGCUCGACGCCAGUGGACGAGAAGGACGCGACGAAGCCAGGACACUAGCCACAGCUCCAGCCGCGAUGGCGCAGGCGCAGGGACGUCAGAUAGGCACCACCUUGACAGCGAGGCCUAUUCUGCUAUGCUGCAUCUUCCUCGUGGUCGUGGCCGUGGUGAGCGCCACCAGUGUGUUGGUGACACUCUACGCGAAAGACAAUCUACGCAUCCGCUGCCUUCCGGGCCCCGUACAAGUCGAGGUCACCCCUUCGGCGUCGGCACUCGGCAACUUCAGCCAGUGGGCCGUCUCUACAGACGCCGCACCAUGCACGCCAGUCACCAGACGCAUAUUCCAAAAAGGCGGCAAGACAGUGGACGCUGCCAUCGCAACCCUGCUUUGUAUGGGUGUGGUCAUACCUCACUCUAUGGGAAUCGGUGGAGGCUUCAUAGCGACCGUCUAUUCACGGUCCCAGAAAGAAGCCCAGGUGCUGGUUGCCCGAGAAGUGGCUCCUGCGGGAGCUUCGACGGACAUGUAUGUGAACAACAAAAAGGGAAGCUUAUUUGGAGGCCUCGCCGUCGCAGUUCCGGGAGAGCUUCGAGGGUACUACGAACUGCAUCAGCGCCUGAAGGGCGUUCUGCCCUGGAAGGAGUUGUUCACGGACGCCAUCCGGCUAGCAAGGCAUGGUUACCCCAUGGGUGCCCACCUGGCCAACGCUCUGCGAGAAUCGCAGAAUGCGGAUCCUGUUUGGAAAACCUUCACAAAUCCCGAGACAGGAGAACUGUUGGCCGAAGGGGAGCUCGUGACACUCAAGGAUCUGGCUGACACGCUUGAGAUGAUAGCCGAAAAUGGACCGGACUACUUUUACGAAGGAGAGUUCGCCGAGAGACUCGUCAGAGAAGUGCAGGAGAAUGGCGGCGUGCUGACGAUGCAGGACCUGAGGAACUACAGGGUCAAGUGGGAGAAGCCCGUGACGGCGCGCUUCAAGGGCGGCAUGACCAUGUACUCGGCACCACCACCAGCGAGUGGCGCCGUCCUAGCGUACAUCUUGGGCAUAACGGACGCCUUCCGGCCAUCGUCGGGUUCAGUCCUGGACGACACUGUGACCACUCUUCACAGGUUCGCUGAAGCUUGCAAGUUUGCUUAUGCCAAGAGAGCUCUGCUAGGAGACCCCAACUUUGUGAAUUGUUGGCAGCUCGUCCGCAACAUGAGUUCGCGGCACUUCGCUGCUAACGCGAGAUACAAGAUCGACGACGAGCGUACGUUCUCGGACCCCCACUACUACGGCUUCGUGGACGAGGUCUCAAAACCAGACAAAGGCACCGCGCACGCCACUUUCUGGGGUGCGGACGGGGACGUCCUCGCCGUCUCCAGCACUGUCAACUACUACUUCGGCAGCAUGUUGCGGACCUCGGCGGGAGUGGUGAUGAACAACCAGAUGGACGACUUCUCGACGCCAGGCGUGAAAAACUUCUAUGGCGUGGCGCCCUCUGUGGCUAAUUUCAUCGUCCCCGGGAAGCGGCCCAUGUCCUCUAUGGCACCAGUGGUGGUCGUCGACGAAAACGACGACGUGCAGCUUGCUCUGGGUGGCACAGGUGGUGCGAAGAUCACUUCAGGCGUGGCGCUCGUUGUCAUGCGGACACUGUGGCAAAGAAACAGUAUCAAGGCGGCCAUUGAUUAUCCAAGGCUCCACCAUCAGUUGAUACCAAAUCAUCUUAUGGUCGAGUCAUUCUUCCCCAAGGCUUACGUGAAAGAACUGCGAAGACUCGGUCACAAGGUCACGUACCCAAAAGGAAGAUUUUCAAUCAUGAUGGGCGUCAACAAACAGAACGGACGCCUGUACGCAAACUCAGACUUCAGGAAAGGCGGAACCGUGGACGGAAUCUGAGCCACGUUUCACCGUUUCAUC